AUGACCCCAUUGACAUGUCUCCUAACCACUCUCGACCGCCUUCUCCAAUACUACUACUAUCUACACGAUGAUGAUGAUGAUGAUGAUGAUGAUGAUGAUGAUGGUGACGGGUCCAACCGCUGCCCAUUCAGGAAGGAGUCAGUCAGUCAGUCCCCGCCCUUUGACUGGCCACGACUCAGUUCUCCGGUGAUCCUCCGUCUCGGUGGGAACGCACUAAACUUCACCGACACUAGAGCAAGUUUGUAUAGCCCCGGCGUCUGUCAAGUACCAACUGACAAAUCAUCAACGGCAGUUGGAAUCGUGAAACUCUGAUCUAGCGAAGCCACGAGGGCCGCUCGAAUUAGGCUUGCACGCGAAGGAUGCGACUGACGAGUGACAAGCGGGCUUGCUCGGUCUAGGGACAGAUGGAAUCGUGGAUAGCUCACACUAAAGUGACUAAACUGCUAGAGUCAAAACGGGGCGGUCUCCAGCAGUCUCCAGCAGGGCCAGCUAAACUUUGACCAUUUCCUGGUUCGAACCGAACUCUCCUGUCAAUCGACGCGGGGCAGAUUGCCCUCUGAAGAAAGAGGACAAUGCUCUUUUCAGAAAGGCCCCCGGAGAUGGCUGUCACAAUUCAUCCCAAAUUAUGCCUUCUUGUGAUCGC